AUGGAGGUGAUAAAUUCGUCCGCAGUCAAGAAAGAGGAAAUCGAUCGGCCAUUAGCUUACUUCCCCGUCAACAUAUGGGAAGAUCCUUUGACAUCUUUCUCAGUUUCUGACCCGGAAAGUGAGAGAAACAAAGAGAAGCUGAAGUCGCUAAAGGAAACUGUGAAAGAUUCGUUAAUGGCUUCAAAAGAGAAGCAAAUAGAGAACAUUAAGUUCAUCGAUGCUUUGUGUCGCCUCGGGGUUUCCUAUCACUUUGAACACGAAAUCCUUGAGCAGUUAGAGACGUUGUUCGGUAGUCAUGAUUUCAUGCAGAUGAUAAGAGACAAUGAAUCUGAUUUGUAUACCGUUUCACUUGUUUUUCAAGUAUUUAGGCAGUUCGGCUAUAAGCUCUUUGUGGAUGUGUUUGACAAGUUCAAGAACAAGGAUGGAGAUUUUAAGGAGAACCUAGCUGAGGAUGCGAGAGGUCUGUUAUGCCUUUGUGAAGCUGUGCACAUUGGAGCACCCAUGGUGAAGAUAUUCUCAAUGAAGCUCUCACUUUCUCUAUGUCUCAUUUGGAAGAACUCGCUUCUCGAUCUAGUCCACAUCUCACAGUCCGCAUCAAGAAUGCCCUCAAGCAUGCAUACCAUAGGGGUAGAUUUCAAUAUUUUGCAAAUGAUGUACCGCAAAGAGAUUGGUCAAGUCUUCAGAAGUGCCGUAUGCAAGAAUAGGACGGUUGAAAGCCACUUCUGGGCAGUUGGAUCGCAGUUUGAGCCAUGUUAUUCACAAGCAAGGAUUAUGUUGACCAAAUUGAUUAUUGUUUUGACGAUAGUUGAUGAUACAUAUGAUGCUUAUGGCACCAUGGAAGAACUAGUGCCAUUUACAAAUGCAUUGUUAAGCUGGAAUCCUAGCGGUAUUGAUGGGCUCCCAGAGAGCAUGAAGUACCUUCAUCAUGUUGUAUUAGAUUUCUUUGACAAAGUUGAGGAUGAGCUGGAAAAGGAAGAAAGGCCAGGAUCGGCUAAAUCCUACAUUCAAGAGGCGAAAUGGUUGAACGAAGACUAUGUGGCUACAUUUGAGGAGUACAAAGAAAAUGGAGUUUAUUCGGCAAAUUUUUUAGCAUUGUCAACAAUAUCCUUUCUAGGAAAGGUGGAUGAAGGCACACUUGAGGUGCUUGAAUGGUUAAGCACUUUCCCACCACUUCUUGUGACUUCUUCGUUAAUAGGCCGUUUGUGUGAUGACAUUGCGAGUUGCAAGUUUGAGCAUAAAAGAAAGCAUGUAGGGACAUCCAUUGAUUGUUAUAUGAAGCAGUAUGGUGUUUCAUGGGAGAAAGCCAAGGAAGAUCUCAAGGUCAUGGCAUUGGACUCAUGGAAGAGUCUGAACCAAGAACUGAUGACAAAGCCUCAUCAGUUCCCUUUCCCUAUCGUCACACGAUUUCUAAACUUCUCGAGGGCCGUCGAGGUUUUAUACAAAGACAAUGAUAUUUUCACACAUCCUGAGUUGAUGAAAGAUUAUGUAGUUUCUUUGUUCCUUGACAACAUACCUAUUUGA